GAGCUGCUCCUCAAAAUCGUAUCCUGCAGGGUCAUCACGGUGCAGGAUUUGGGCAGAGGGGCAGCUACUUGCACAAGAUUGAGGAAUGUCAUUGCAACACAGGAUUUAUGGAGAAAGAAAAUCGAGCAGUAAUUGUUUGCAGUAUCGGAGUAUUUACACUACAGAUUUAUAGCAUCACUUACAUAUUUAUGUUAUGGAUAUUUUAGUUGCAUCUGUAGCCCAAAAGAUCAUGACCGGAGCCUUAUAUCAUGCCAGCUACCCCAAAGUGUGGGACCAGCUGCCAAGCAAUGCGGGAAUCCAAGACUGGAGACAAGAGGUGCAGAUUAUGAAGCAGCUGGAGGUAGACGUGCACAAGUUGGUGUCGAGCCUUAGCCUGCGUCUCUACCAACACCUGCACCUCACCACUCCAGUCUAUGCAGAGAUCGAUGCCUUGGUCUCAUCAGGCACUUACACCCCAAUUUAUAUAAUAAACAUUUUGAGACAGAUUGUUGACGAUGGAGAACAGCAUCCAACGAAGCCUGUUGAGCCAGAGGUUAGACAGCAGCCAGUGCCAGCUGUGCAACCAAGGCCAAACUGGCAGAGAGUAUUACCUGCAAAUGAUAAAAGUUCCCACUCCAGAAGGCCAGUAUAUGACAACAUGACAAACAAAUACUAUGCUCUAAGAGUCAUGAGUCAUGUGCAUCAAGGAGCCUGCAGGCGCGAGUGGGAGGAGUUUGUUGCCCGUCCGUCAGCUGAGCAAAGCCUUGAAGUUGGUGCAAUCCUGAUGGCUCGCUGGUUCCAACCUCACGCUGACAUUAGCAUAAAACAGAUGACCAAUGUGAUUGAUGAUAUAGCUGAUCAGUGUCGCGAACAGCUUCGAAUUAACCACCCUGAUCAUCCAGCCCUCUCUGUGCCCUUAACACCUCCCAGAGAAGUCUUAACGGAAUCACGCUGGUCUCAUGAGAAGACAAUGCAGCUGUUUAAGUGUAUUAAUCACAUCCUUUAUUAUCAAAUGAAAAUGACUGGUAACAGUGAAGAUUACUAUAAUCUCAAGAAUUCAUUAAUAAAUGAAGUUCUCACUUCCAAGAAAGGUAUACCAAUCUCACUAAGCAUUAUAUAUAUGGCUGUAUGCCACCGCCUCGGCAUAUUGCUUGAACCUGUAAACUACCCAUCACACUUUGUGAUGAAAUGGAAGAUUCCCAGUGUAGAUGAUUAUGAAUACAUAGAUGCAUUCAACAAAGGAAGACGGCUAACAGGACGAGAAUUGUUAAAGGAACUCCCUCUUGGAUCUGUCUGCGACCAAGUACUUCUUAUAACCUCUGAUGCAAUGUCAGUCUUCCAACGUAUGAUCAGGAACAUUAUGAAUGUGGCACAGAUGCAGGCUCAUGUUUCCGACCACAUGGAAUUGUUCUGCUCAGCGACGGAACUCAUGAGCCUUCUGACUCCCAAUGACCGCAGUAUCCAAGAACUGUUGUUAAGAAUAUACUACACUUUAGAAAUACACUAUGACCGCAUUGUGGCCGGUUGUCAUCGCUUACUGACACAGGGGCCAUCAACAAUAAUAGAGGAGAUGCUUGCAGACUGCGAGCGCAUUCUGGAAAGCCAGAAAGAUGUUCCAAGACCCAUUAGUCCUAACCCAAGAUACAGAGAAGUUUCCUAUGCCAUUGGAAUGGUUAUGCAGCACAAGCGUUACCACUACACCUGUGUAAUAUUUGGCUGGGACAGGGAGUGCCGGAUGCCAUCUGACUGGGUGCAGCGAAUGGGGGUCUAUAAUCUUCUUUAUAAGACAAAACAGCCAUUUUACAAUGUAUUGGUGUAUGAUGGCUCACACAGAUAUGCUGCACAAGAAAAUUUGGAAAUUGCACCAGAUCCCAGACCCAUAACACACUCAGAUGUUGGUAAAUAUUUCAAGAAGUUCAAUGGAACACACUACAUACCCAACACAGAACUUGAGCAAGAGUAUCCAGAAGACGAACCUGUCAGAAAUGAAUUGCUUCGAACUCGGGGAUGGUUAUAGCAGUAUAAUAAUAUUUUACUACAGAGCAUUUGUUGGGAUUAACCCACUAAUGCCAGUAUGUAUGUAUGCAUGCAUUAUUGAUGAUGUGUUUUUUUUUUGUUAAUUUUGCUUGCACAUAGAUGGUCCAGAAGAGCUAAGUCACCAAAAGGUGAUUACUUGACGACAGCACUUACCCUUCCCUGAAUUUUUGGAAAUGAGAUUUCAUAUAUUUAUUAUUCUUAUUAUUGUUAAUUCUAUAAAAAUGACAGUGAUGAUAACAAUAUCACUUAUAGGAAUGAUAACGAUAACAGUAAAAAUCCUUUUUCCCAAAAGUUCAAUGAAUAGGGUAAAUAGGUGAGAUCAGGUAGGCUUAGUAGUUGAGUCCUUGUUGACAAAACACAUGUGAAGCCAUGUAUGUGUAUUCAAAAUUAAUAAAACAAAAUCACUAUGGACAGUGCAUGUACCUGUUGCCAGUAGGUUAAAAAUACGUUUUGUUUGGAACACAAAUAUGUCUGUGUACGAUUUAUCCCUCAGUCCAAAGAGAUUGUUAUAGUACCUUUUUCACAAAGUCCAAAUAUUUAGGUUCUAUUGUUAGCAUUUAAAGUGUCCUGGGAACACUGCCAUUAUCAUUGAAAAUAUCCCAUGUGAAUCGAAUUCUAUAUACUGUAUUAGGUUGAGAUGAUGUUCUUUAUAUGUUGUUUUCUUUAUGUAAAACUCCCACAUAAGAGUUAAGAAAGCAACAGGUAACCUUAUUUCUUCCCUUCUCACCUGUCUCACUGAGCCUCAUAAUAUAUAUGACUGUAACUCAGGAAAAUUCAUUAGCAAUCACUGUUAAUGCAAUAGUUACAGAGAAUGUAGAAAAAUAUGUGCAAAUCUGCCUAAAUGAAUGAAUUAAGGGAGCAUGUUUAUGUGUGGGUGUGUAAGUGAACUCAGAUUUUUUGUUCUUUUUUUAUUGAUAUUUACAAAAGGCAUGAAUCCCCUGAAGUUUAAACAAGGUUUCUGUUAAUAGUAACCUCAGUUUUCUUUACUGACAAAAACUGCAAUAUAUGUCCAAGUUAUAUAUUAUAGUAGUGUAAAGUACUGUGAAUUAUAUUUAAUAUUCACAAAAUCUAAUAGAUUAUUUAACAUUUCUUUAUGUAUUUUGUGAAUAUAUAUUGUUUGCUGUUUGCAUUUUAUUUUUUUUUGGUUAGUGUGUUUCAUCCCCCUUUUGUUUUCUUUUCUUCACACUAUGAAAAUAAUUAUAAUAAUCUUAAUAUCAUAAACAAUUUCCUGGUUAUUCUCUGUAAUAAGUGAACUAAGAGUACCGUAAGAAAAAUGCUUAGUAGGGUUCAUUAAUCUAGGCCAGAAAGAUUUUGUAUAUAGGAUUAAAAAAUGUAAUAAACUUGACUGUUCCUGUUAACCAAGUCAUAUGAAAAUAUAUUAUUUAAUUCUUGGUUAUACUAGAAGCCACAAACUGAAACUGAAUAGAGCAUUUUGAGUUCAAUAGAUAUGUCAGGGGCAGUGAGCUAUAAUGUAAUAAAUUAUUGUUGAUUUAAUAAUGAA